AUUCCUUUAAUCCCAGCACUCAGGAGACAGCAGCAGGCAGAUCUCUGAAGUCAAGGCCAACCUGGUGUACAAAGUGAGUUCCAGGAUGGCCAGGGCUACACAGAGAAGCCCUGUCUCAAAAAAGCAAACAAACAAACAAACAAAAAUUAAAGAAAGAAACUACACCCGAGGCUGCCUGUUGACUCUGCCAAGCCAUCUGAACUCUUGCCUCCGUGUCUAAAAAGUUGGCACAGUUACAGUAUUGGUUUAAUAGAGUUUUAUGAUUCUGUGUGAUAAAGCCUGGAGUGUGCUUAUUAUACUAUGGGGCACUUAAAAACUUUUAAUAUAUGGUUAUUGUCCACAGGAGCAGGGUUUGUGUAUGUUUUUUAUUUUUUGUUUUUGUGCAUGUGCAUGUGUGGACUCACACGACAUACCAGGUCAGGAGACAAUUUGUAGUUAUUUCUUUCCCUUCAAGUAGGUUCCAGGGAUCCAGUUUGGAUCUCCAGGCUUGUGCUGCAAGUGUCCCACCGACCUGUCUUGUUUCCUUUCCAUUCUUCGUGUGUGUUUGUGCGUGUGCUUGUCGUAAGACCCCUGUGGAAGUGAGGCAACUUCAGGAGAGUCAACGUUUUCCUUCCACCAUAUAGGUCCCAUGGAUGGAACCCAGGGCAGGCAUGGCAGCAAGGGCCUUUAGCCACCUACCAAGGCAUCUCAUUCUCCUGCUUUGUGUCAAGGUCUUGCUGUGUUUCCCUAGCUGGUCUGGCCCAGCCCUCACUAGGUAGCUGAACUUGCCUCUACCUCCUAAUACAAGAGUGCACCAUCGUGCCUAGCUCAUACAAGUUCUGAAAAAUACAAGUAAUGUACAGUACUUGUAAAUGGACCAGAAUACAAUAAACACCAGCGAAUGGAUACUGGUGUUGUAGAAAUUAAGUAUGCUUACACACAUACACACACACACACACACACACACACACACACAUUUUUUUUUUAAGAGCAGUAUAACGUAGCUCUGGGGGCCUGGAACUCACAGAUUUCCCUGACUCUACCUUUUAAAUGCUGGGAUUAAAGGCGUGUGCCACAAUACCAACAUAUUUUUAUUUUUAAUUACGUGUAUAUAUGUGUGUGUUUGUGCGCGGAUCCCGUAGAAGCUGGAGUUAGUUGUAAGCCUGAGUCCUCUCUCUAGUCUUUAAAAAAGAAAUGUCAAAAAAGUUAAUGGUAAAGUCUUCACUAAAAUACUUCAAUUUCUCUGUAUAUGUGAAAGGGUUCCUAACCUAAAACUGGUGAAAAUUUAUUGUGGUGUGCUCCGGGGGCCGCCAUUUCUUUUGCGUUCUAACAUAAAAGCCACUCAGACGAUGAGCGAGAUCGUGGUGAACUGGGCACGGUCUCCGGACGGGAAGCUCUGCUCCUGGAAUGCCACCGAGGCCUGCUUGCGAAACGCCAAAACCUCGAGAGCGAGGCCGCGGGCCCAGCCAGGCAGCCUGCGGGGCAGGGCGGGCGCGGCCCUCGGCGGCAGGGCGGAGGCUGGCGGGGGCCAGGGCCGUCCCCGGCCAGCACGAGCUCGGGGCGCGCAGGACCUCCAGGAGGGCGGAAGCCCGAAGCGUCGGAUUUCAGAGCGGGGCGGGGAGUCGCCCGCGCGGCCCGCAGCCAGCCCACAGCCCUCGUCCCGAGCAGGCGCGCGCGCCAUGGGCCUCUCGGGCGGCGGGAGCGAGUGGAGGAUGCUGGGAAAGAGGUAACAUGGCCUCCGGCGGCGGCGGAGCAGAGGAGGGUCUACAGCGGGACCGGCUGCAGCUCCCGCUCCCCGCGCAGCCCACGGCCCGCGCCGAGGAGGCCGAGGGCGCCCGCGAGAAGAUGGGCUGGGCGCAGGUGGUGAAGAACCUGGCGGAGAAGAAGGGCGACUUCCGCGAGCCGCGGCGGCGCGACGAAACGGGCAGCGGUGAGAGUGGCGGGCGAGGCAGCCCCGCGGGCCUGGCCGCGCCGAACCCCGACGACUUCCCCCCUGCCGCCCGCGGGGACCCCAAGGGCCGCCGCAGAGAGCCUGCGGGCGAGGCGGCAGACGCUGGCGGCAAGAAGGGAGCGGGAGACGCGGGUCGAAGGAAGAAGGCCGAGGUGGCGGCGGCGGCGGCGGAGCAGGAGGAGGAGGAGGAGGAGGAGGCAGCGGCCAUGGCGACCCCCGCCAAGCCCGGCGCCACCGAAGACGCAGCUGCAGGGCGCCCACUCCAGGACGAGCCUCCAACCGCCGGGCCGGGCAAGGGCCGCUUCCUCGUGCGCAUCUGUUUCCAGGGAGACGAGAGUGCCUGUCCGACCCGGGAUUUCGUGGUGGGCGCGCUCAUCCUGCGCUCCAUCGGCAUGGACCCUGACGACAUCUACGCGGUCAUCCAGAUCCCCGGCAGCCGUGAGUUCGACGUGAGCUUCCGAUCCGCCGACAAGCUAGCCCUGUUUCUCCGCGUCUACGAGGAAAAGCGAGAGCUGGAGGACUGCUGGGAGAACUUUGUGGUGUUGGGGCGGAGCAGGUCCAGCUUGAAGACCCUCUUCAUCCUCUUCCGGAACGAGACGGUGGAUGUGGAGGACAUCGUGACCUGGCUCAAGCGCCACUGCGACGUGCUGGCCGUGCCCGUGAAAGUGACCGACAGGUUUGGGAUCUGGACCGGGGAGUACAAGUGCGAGAUCGAGCUGCGCCAGGGGGAGGGCGGAGUGAGGCACCUGCCCGGGGCCUUCUUCUUGGGAGCCGAGAGGGGCUACAGUUGGUACAAGGGGCAGCCCAAGACGUGCUUCAAAUGUGGUUCUCAGACCCACAUGAGCGGCACCUGCACGCAGGACAGGUGUUUCAGGUGCGGGGAAGAGGGGCACCUGAGCCCUUACUGCCGGAAGGUCAUCGUGUGCAACCUCUGUGGCAAGAGAGGACACGCCUUUGCCCAGUGUCCCAAAGCAGUUCACAAUAACGUGGCCGCUCAGCUCAACGGCGUGGCGGGGCACUGAACGCGCGUCUGCCCGCCGGGGUGAACACACAGCCAGCUUACCCUUAAGUGCCAGAACUUUUUUUUUAUUUCUAAAAGACCAUUUUUAUCUUUUUGGAAGGAGAUAUUUCUAAAACCUAACAGACAUUCUCUCUGUGCCUUUUUAAAACCAUGUGUGCCCCUUUUCAGCAUGUUUGAAAAGGACUGUUCAGAACUGUAGCGUGCAGAUAUGUCGCCUGUCCGUCCGUGCUCCCCCCCCCCUUUUUUUCUCCCGUUUUGAAUUUGUUUUGGUACUUGUCGACACCCUGUCCCCCUCUGUACUUUUUACUACCUCUCUCCUCAUCCAUGUCUCAUUAGAAGAUUUUUUGCCCUUUGGGCUGCCUUGCUCAUUUUUAUGCCUCAGUCCCGGGUACAGGGCCCAACGCGGGACAGGCGUUCGACCCAGUGUUCAUUGAAUCAAAAAUGUCGACUACCCUGUCAGGACUGCCUUCCUUGUGCAGCUCUCCGCUGGGCUCUUCUCCUUUGCUGCUUCUGUGUGAUAGGAAACUUUGUGAAAACAGUGUUGCUGGAAGUGUGUAAUCCGCAGAAGCUCUGAAAGGUGGCCAGGGGCCUCUCGUGGCACAAAAACCUAUCUCCUUUGUGACAGCUCCUUGUGGCUCAGAAGCCAUGUUUCUGUAGGAGCGUGGAGCCUAGACAGUUCUGCUGGGAAAGACCCAAGAGGUGGUUUUUCUUGGAUUUUCUUUGGGGGAGCUUGCUUUUUUGUGUGUUUUGAUUUGACACAGGGUCUCACUGUGUAGCCCUGACUGGUUUGGUACUGGCACCAUUCCUGGACCAGGCUGGCUUCAAACUUAAAGUGAUCCUCUCACCUCUGCCUCCCUGAAGGAUGUUUUAAAUUAACCCCUUGGUUUUCCAGCAGAUGAAAUGAUCCCGAAGUUAAAUGACUGGGUCAAAGUACACAGCGGUGUGGUGCCUCAGACUGUCCACAGUAGAGUCCACUGCCCCCAUGCCCGGUGCUCAUUCCACUACCUCUCACACUUCACAACAGCCUCCUCGACACUGGUGGGCCAAGGAAGUCUCUGCAGGGUGAUGGUCCCAGCAUGAAGCUGAGACACUGUCCCCUGAAAGAGCAGGAGAAGCCUGUCUUGCCACUUCUUAGUAAGGGAGCUAGGGAACGGCCCGGUGAACACACUGCAGGCUGCAAGCAUGCAUCAGUCCUUGGAGUGAGUUCCACAUCUUCAGUGUUCCACUGUCAAUGUCAGCAGUGAGAAAUGGUUCCCCUCAGGAAAGAACCUUGCCAGACGUUUACAUUUGCACCUCUGCCUCAUCUACUAGGAACCCUAGAGAAGCUCGAGAGAGCUCAUCCGAAACCUUUAACCUCUGACCCUCAGGAGAAAGGUGCUUUUAACCCAGAAUCAUGAGUGAGCUGUGAACUCGAAAAUGUUCUUGGGGAAACAGGCCAAGACAGAGGGCCAGCUGACUGUUACCAAGCUAAAGUGAAGACAGUCAGCUGCUUUUCUCAGUGUGUGUCUUCUCUUUGCUGUUUUGCUAUUUUCUUGUGGCUUAGAAUGUAAAACCAGUUGUUCAGAUUUGUUCUGAAUAAAUAUUUAUCUUUCGUA